GCUCGCUACCGCAUGCCAUGUAAAUGUUUUUAAAAUUGUAAUCAUACAAAAAAAAUUACAUACAAACUAACAUCUCCCGUUUUACUGGAAUCAACGGGCACAUGUGUUCACUCGGUUCUUCUUUACGCUUGGCUUCCAGGGCAUUAAUUAAACCUCUGGACUUAAAAAACUGUUCUACAUUCUCAAGGAGUACUGCACAUUUGCACAUCACUGUGUUUACUGACUGUCAGAAGAGUUUGAGGUUCUUGUGUCAGCUACAUCAAAAACGUUUCCUUUGGAACAAAGACAUGCCAAAGAAAGAUAAACCGGGUAAAGGCGCAAAAUCACAGUCAGAGGAGACCACAGCAUGCCCAGUUUCUCGCAAUAAACACGGAGGGAUUUCCAUAGCUGUGCAUGCGAAGCCUGGGUCUAAGCAAAAUGCCAUUACUGAUGUGUCGUCAGAGGCAGUAGGUGUCGCUAUCGCUGCACCCCCAACUGAUGGGUUCAAGAUCUAGAGAGAAGGUCAUUAAUGUUUCGGCAUCAUUAAGCCCUGAAGAAGUCCUGGAGAGACUGAAGGCAGAGUCCACGCAGUGAUUUCUCUUGAAGCUGUCUGAUUGAGACACAGACAUUGCUUGUUGAAAGAAGACAAAACCUCUGCAUUAUACUGCCAUGCCAUGUGAUUUGCUAUAAUAACCACUGUUUCUGCAAUUAGAAUACCCUGUUUUGCAUUUUUGAACCAUAUAGCACAUCAUGGUGGAAACAAGACUUCAGUUUCCAAGUCCAAGUAAUUAUCCUAGAUAUUGUCUCAUCAAAAUAUACUGUGAGGGAAAACUAGCAAGCAGGUUAAAACACAGAACUCCACAGGAUAAUACAGUCUGAUUCCACAUCCUGACAUACUUUUAUGUGGCAACAGAUACUGACACAGUCCAGCAUCUCAAAUGGCCAAGAGAGGUGUUUCAGAUGUGAUUCUAAAUGUUAUAGAGACACAUUUAUCACUGAGAAAAAGAAUUUAAUUAAGAUGUUCAAUUAGGAAUUUACAAUUAAUCAAAGUGACAGCAGACUCAAGGGAUAUUUUUAUUGCUUGACAAAUGUAGAGGUCUGUGGUUGGCAUUUUCAUUUGUUUAAUUUAAUUGAAUUAAAUGGUUGUUGAAUUUGAUUAGUUUGGUUUUCUGUUUAGUGAAUAUUUAAUGUGGCUGAUAGAAAUUGCAUGGCUAAUGUUACAAGAAGUGAUACAACUGUGGACAAUUUGGUCUCAUCACAAUGACAAAUGCUGCACCUGAAAGUGUCCCUCUGGUCACUAACUUACUAUUUAUUUUUUUAUGAAUG